ACCUGAACAUAUGGGGCUCAUGGUCAGUGUGCUACAGGCUCUUAUAAAAGCCAAUGUCCCGCACAGCUGAAGCUCAGGGACGUGAAUCACAGCCCGGACAUAGCCAUGUUGUUGCUCAUCAGUUGUUUUGCACUUGUUGCCUCUGCACUGGGAUGCGGAAGGCCUUCAAUCCCCCCCAAAGUCAGCGGAUACAACAAGAUUGUAAAUGGAGAGACUGCUGUCCCUGGGUCCUGGCCUUGGCAGGUCUCACUUCAGGAUGGUAGGGGAUUCCACUUCUGUGGCGGAUCCCUCAUUAACCAGAAUUGGGUGGUUACUGCUGCUCACUGCCGUGUAUCUCCCAGAAGUCACCGUGUGAUCCUGGGCGAGCACGAUCGUCAAUCCAACAUGGAGAAAAUUCAGGUCAAGACCAUCUCUAGGGCCAUCUCGCAUCCCUACUACAAUUCCCAGAACUUCAACAAUGACAUCACCCUUCUGAAGCUGUCCUCCCCAGUACAGACAAGCAGCACCGUGGCUCCAGUGUGCCUGGCCAGCUCCAGCACCAACAUCCCUUAUGGAACCAAGUGUGUCACCACUGGAUGGGGCAGGACCGGCCAAACCUCGAGCCCUCGUUACCUCCAGCAGACUUCCUUGCCUCUGCUCACCCCAACUCAGUGCAAGCAGUACUGGGGUUACAACAGAAUCAGUGAUGCUAUGAUCUGUGCUGGUGCUUCUGGAGUCUCCUCCUGCCAGGGUGACUCCGGUGGCCCCCUGGUGUGCCAGACUAGUGGCGCUUGGUCCCUUGUGGGUAUUGUGUCCUGGGGUACCUCCAACUGCAACGUGCGCACUCCUGCUGUGUACGCCCGUGUGUCCUACCUGCGCAGCUGGAUCGACAAAACCAUUGCCUCAAAUUAAACUGCAAACCAUCUCUGCAAACUAGUGCCAACGCAUCUCCAUUAAUUUCUUAAAUCCUCCUUGUCUUAAAGAUGUAGCUAUUGUAUUUUAUCGGGCAGUAAUGGUAGUCACUCAUCACUAACGUCGAAAUUGUGCAUUUGCAAAUUGUUGCACAUAAAUGACAUUUUCAAGUUUCA